AUGGCAUAUCUAAACUUAGAUCUGGUAGAUUCUACUGAUGAAGUUUUAGCUGCAUUGGUGUUAGCACCAACUUUGAUUGAUAGAAUUAAAGAUGUACAAAGGUUAGAUCCUGAACUUGAGAAGGUUAAAAUUGAACAUCAAAGACCAGCUAGAUUACUACAACCAUUAGAGAUCUCACAAUGGAAAUGGGAGCAUAUCACAAUGGAUUUUGUGGUAGCAUUACCAAGGACCAAAGAAGGCCAUGAUACCAUUUGGGUCAUUGUGGACCGUUUGAACAAAAGUGCGUAUUUCCUACCCAUUGCAAAUGGAAUUUCCAUGAAAAAGUUGGUGAAGAUGUACAUUUCAGACAUAAUAUGUUUACAUGGAGUACCAGUAGGAAAUACGGUUUCACUGAAAAGUUUGUUUGAUCCAACAAAAGUCAUGGCAAAGGAAUAUUUACGUAGUCUAAAUCCAUUGGAUGAGGUCGGGGGACAAGCUCUUAGACCAAACUGGUGUGAGAUACAGAUACAAGUUGCAAUGAGUCCAAGUGGGCAAUUGAUUAGAUCAUAUGAUUUGCAACAAGCAAUUCAAGAUGCACUUGGCGCACCAAUUGCAUGGCCUUAUCGUUUGGCUAUUUUUGUUGUAGUGAGACCGUUAGAAUUUAAUAAAGGGGAUAAGAUAUAUUUGAAAAUUUUCCCUUCAAAAGAUAUUAUGAGGUUUGGAAAGAGUGAAAAGUUAAGCCCCAGAUACAUAGGCCCUUUUGAGAUACUUGAAAGAGUAGGAAAUUUGGCGUAUCAUUUGGCACUGCCACCUGCUCUAUCCAAAGUCCAUAAUGUUUUUCACGUGUCCCAAUUGAGGAAGUAUGUCUCUGAUCCAAGUCACGUACUGGAGGUGAGAGAAAACACAUCCUACAAAGAGCAUCCAGUGAAGAUUGUUGAUCUAAAGGAUCAGGUGCUUAGGUGA